AUGGUAGGCGGUUCCUCAGAGAGGUGUCACGAGCAUGGCGACCUCCUGGACUAUUUGUUCAGAAAUGUCCUCGGUCAAUUUUCAGGCACAAGUGUCUUCAAACACAUUGCAUGGCCAGGGUUAAUCGUGGCUCGUCACAUGCUACUGCGCAAACUCCCCUGCCAGGUUCUCCUUGCGAUCUCAAGUCUCUAUCGUGAUCUUGACGCCGGGCGGCAAGACCCUACCUCCGAGACGAUCGCGUUCAUGUUGGGAGGUAUACAGCUGCUCAAAGAGCAACUCCAGACACCUGACACUAUCGAUGGAGAUAGUAUCUUGACAAUGACUGGCUUGUGGAUGUAUGAAGCGGUACUGCGUUUCGAGAUUGUCGACUGGGUAUCCACACGGCCCACAACCACCAAUACUGAGUCGUCGUUGCAAAGCAUUCAAGCGCAUCUCGACGGACUGCGGCGGUCGAUCGCGCAUAUAGGUGGCUUGAAGUAUCUUCCACCAGAGGCAAUGUGGUCUGUGGCAUGGUGCGUGGCGAGCCUUCCCGGCUAUUGGACACUCGAUGCGAAAAUGACCGAAGACCAGUCGAUUAGCAGAGCUCGUUUGACUCCUGGCUCGCAGUGCUCUCUGACACGAUUGGUGGAUUUCCUGACGAGAAUAGAGCGACUUGCUUCGUCGACAGACUUUCAACCUAAUAUACUGCAAGAGACAUCGUUCAGCCUGAUGAGACGCUCCUUGCUGCGUUUGGUACAGAUGCCCACAAAUCAAAGAACAGUACUAAAACGCAUGAUGAGGUCGACUAGUAUGUUGUCGAUCAUGCUUUUCACCUUCGACGUACUCCUUGGAGGCAGCAAAGCACACAUACAACCACUCAGAGAGCGGCAAAGGGAGAUGAUGAGGCUUCAGGAUCGGCUAGACCAGCAUAACAUCGACCAGGAAGGCUCUCCACAACUGGCCUGGCAAAUCCUCAUGACAGAGAAAGAGACGCCGCAUGUCCAGCUUCAUCCACGAGCUUGGCCGAUUGUUGAAAUGGUCAACGAGGUCAAGCAUCUCAGUGUUGCAACGAUCGACUCAAUGUCAAAGCUGUUGAUAGAGUGGAUGUUCCCACGAGAUGCUGGGCAUGUCGCGGAUUUCAGAUACGAGAGGUUGUUGCUACAGAUACAUUAUGAGCUAGACGGCGUGGCGGGUGUAUUAUAA